AAGUCUGUCUCAGGACGAACAAAGUUUGCUUUGGUGGUUUGGAGAACUUUUCUGCUCACUUCUUCUCUGCAAAAAAAAAAAAAUCUUUUUUCAUCCACCUAUUUUCUUUUUUAAUGAACUCUGGGGUCCAUUAGAGCACUGCUUGAGUGUGGAAUGGCUGAACUGGUGCGAAUCCGUAAGAAACGACUGCAGAUCCCCAUCUCUAGGCUGCGGAGCAUGCUAAAGCAGCUGGAGGAGAAAGAUGUCGACUUUGAAGAAAUCAAAAGGAAUCUGGAUUUCACAGCAUCGUUACUAGAGGCAGUUUACCUGGAUGGAACAAGGCAGUGUCUGGAGUCUGAGGACGAUCUUCAGCAGCUGCAGUCGGACGGCGUGCCUUCAGAGGUCACCGACUGGCUGGCGUCCACUUUCACGCAGAGGGUCCGACGGCCCGUGCGCCGCUCGGAUGAGAAGCCCAAGUUCCGCAGCAUUGUCCACGCGGUGCAGGCUGGGAUAUUUGUGGAGAGGAUGUUCAAGAGGGCCUACACGGCAGCCAUGCCCGACCAACCAGCGGCGGUCGUAAACUGCCUCAGGGAUGUUGACCGCUGGAGCUUUGACGUGUUCGCGCUGAAUUCUGCGAGCUCUGAUCACGCACUACAAACUCUUUUCUUUGAGCUGAUCACCAGAUAUGAGCUCAACAGCCGCUUUAAGAUCCCCAUCUCGUGUCUGACGCAGUUUCUGUCUGCGCUGGAGAGAGGAUACUGCAGAUUCAACAACCCCUACCACAGCCACGUACACGCUGCUGACGUGACUCAAACCCUGCACUGCCUGCUGCUGCGCUCUGGACUCGUGGUACACUGCACUCAUCCGAACACUUAUCAUUGGUCAGAGUUCGCAUUGAUGUACAACGAUCGGUCGGUCCAGGAGAGUCAUCACCUCAGUGCAGCGUUUCGGCUGCUGCAGGACGACCAAAUGAACAUCUUCAUCAAUUUGACACGAGAGGAGUGGAUGAUACUGCUUCUAGAGAUCAGAUGUGUGAUAGUGUCUUUUGCAAAUGACUCAUCUGGGUCAAAGCAGCAGAGUGGAAAACUGAAGUGGAAACGAUCAGAAAAAGUCUUGAAUGUUUUCUCUCUCUCUUUCUAUCUUUGUGAGGGUGAUAGAGAGGCGGAGCUCGGCCUGCCCUUCUCUCCUCUGUGUGAUCGGAAAAGCACUCUGGUAGCCGAGUCCCAGAUCGGUUUCAUAGACUUCAUCGUGUAUCCUACAUUCUCUCUGCUGACGGACAUGGCUGAAAAGAUUGUUAUUCCGCUGGUGGAGGAGAAUCCAGGUCCUCCAGACCCUUGUAACAGACACAGUAAUCUGUGGAAGGAGAGCUCCAGAGGUCUGCAGUGGAGUCUCGCUCACAUCACAGCUGAGCUGGUGAGCUUCCGCUCCACAUGGACACGACACACAGAAGACAACAAGCUCAAAUGGAAGGACAGCAGCUCCAAUGGAUUUUCAGAACCUAAACUGACAGAAAAACAGACAUCCAGACAAGAGGAGCGUUCAGAAAAAUCCCAGCAGGACCCAACCACAGAGACAAACCCGUAGACAUUUUUGAUACGUGCUUUUUCAUAGAAUAAAUCAAGGUUAACUGAAGUUAACAUUGAGUCACUGUUUGUAACAAGACCACAACAUUCAGAUUGAUGGAUGAAAGUGGGGAAGAGAGGAGGGGUUAAGAUUAAGAUCAUCUUCCCAAGGUAAGAUGCAGUGAUGUCACAGAAAUGUCCUCAUGUCUUAUUUCAAGUGUAGUUUAACUAUGCUAAUUUAAAUGCAAAGUCUACAUGCUGGCCAUGUUACACAGUAAAGUCCCUGUAAUUAAUUUAAUUUGCCGUAUAAACACUCAUAAGGAAUCAUUUACUCUUUAUCUUUUGAACUGCACAAAAAUCCUUUAAUCAUCAAUAAACC